GUAAACGCUCCGUUUAAUCCACAAGGCUCGUGGAUCCAGAUGAGCGUUCGGUCCCUCAGAGUCGGGUGGUGCUUACGUUAUUAAAACGGCGUUAACGUGAGUCUUUGUUCGGCUGCGGUGACAUCUGUCCUUCACACCUGCAGCAUGGACCGUUCAGAGAGGGAGAGCAGGUCCGACGACGACACCGAGUAUGAGGACGAGGAGGUGGACCCCAGAAUCCAGGGGGAGCUGGAGAAACUCAACCAGUCCACUGACGACAUCAACAGAUGUGAGACGGAGCUGGAGGAUGCGAGGCAGAAGUUCCGCUCGGUUCUGGUCGAGGCCACGGUGAAACUGGACGAACUGGUGAAGAAGAUCGGGAAAGCUGUGGACGAGUCCAAGCCGUACUGGGAGGCUCGCAGGCUGGCCAGACAGGCUCAGCUGGAGGCCCAGAAGGCCACGCAGGACUUCCAGAGAGCCACUGAGGUCCUGCGGGCGGCCAAGGAGACCAUCUCCUUAGCCGAGCAGAGACUCCUGGAGGAGGACAACCGGCAGUUUGACUCCGCCUGGCAGGAGAUGCUGAACCACGCCACCCAGCGGGUGAUGGAGGCGGAGCACACCAAGACGAGAAGCGAGCUGGUGCACAAAGAGACGGCGGCCAAAUACACGGCAGCGAUCAGUCGCAUGAAGCAGCUGGAGAAGAAACUCAAACGCACCAUCAACAAGUCCAAGCCCUACUUUGAGAUGAAGGCGAGGUACUAUCUGCAGCUGGAGAACCUGAAGAAGAACGUGGACGAGCGGCAGGCCAAGCUGUCUCAGGCCAAAGGCGAGUACAAGACGGCGCUCAGGAACCUGGAGAUGAUCUCCGAUGAGAUCCACGAGCGACGGAGAAGCUCCGCCAUGGGCCCCCGGGGGCGUGGCGUGGGCUCAGAGGGCGAAAGUGUUUCAGGAGACGACGUCUCCAGCUUCAAGAUGGAGUCAGACGGGAUAUCCAUGGCGUCGGUAUGUUUCGAUGACGAGGCGUGUGGCGGCAGCAGCUUCAUGUCUGAGGAGGACUCGGAGACUCGCUCCACCUGCAGCGUGGGGUCAUCUCCCAGCAGCCCUCAGGAGCUCCUCUCCAGCUGCCCCUUCGCUAGCUCAUCCACAUCCUCCUGCACAUCCUCCUCCCCCUCUCCCUCACCCACUCCCUCCUCCCCCGCCCCCCCCUCCCGGCCCUGCAGUCUUGACCUCCCCAGCACCGUGUCGCUGUCUGACUUCGGACUCAUCUCUCCGGUGCUCGGGCCUCGCAGCGAGUGCAGCGGCGCAUCGUCUCCUGAGUGCGACCUGGAGAGAGGUGACCGGGCAGAAGGUGCAGAGGGAGACCUGGACAACGCUCCUGCUGUGACCGCCACAAACAACAACAUGAACAGCAGCUCCACUCCCAGCGCCAAGAAGAGCUUCAGCCUGGAGUCACGUUUCAGCUUCCUGAACCUGCGCCGCUCGCGCACCGACAACGCCAAAAACACGGACGAGGCUGAGGCGGGGAGCACUGUGGUCUUAGUCAAAGGGGUCUGAUUGUGGGAUUUCUGGCUCCAUGUGACCUCGAGCUCUCUGAGACUUUAACAAGCUGUUUAUAGGCUACAACUGCACGCCAUCUCCAAACUCCACGGUCACCCCGAGACUCUGAGGGCACGAUUCACUGAGAAAGGACGCAGGCGCAAGAAGUCUUAUUCACAAAGCAUAGAGCUCUGACCAUGUUUAAAAAGUCUGCUCGGUGCAGUUAGCUCUUGUUUAGUGUUUGAAUGUGGAGAGAAGAUAUCUGCAGCUUCACUCUCCACAGAGCUGCACUCUCACGCUGACGUUUAGCUGGUGUCUCUCUGCACAGGUGUAGCAGGUGCAGGUGUAGCAGGUGUAGCAGGUGCACAGGUGCAAUCCUUCAGUGAAUCCGCCCUGAUUGUCAUCAUCUGUAUAUAAAGUGUUCUGAACGUCUCAGCAGCAUCGUUCCUCCCGUUCAUCUUCUUCUUCUCUCGGUCUCUCACGCCUGAGAAACAGCGAGCGCUGUGGUGUGUGAGACGUGUUGAUGAUGGUCAGAAAAUAUUCAUUAUUUGAUUUGAUUGUAUUUUUCACUCAGAGUUAAAGGUUCAGCCUGCCCUCCACCUUUCUGUUUAAUGUUGAUCUAGUGGAGAAUAUCUGACCAUUAAAUAACACGUUCUGUUUGAUUAGAAGUCACACGUGGAGAUAAAUAAAGAAUAAAGGAUUGUUACAUG